AACUCAUUUGUGGUCACUCUAUCCAAAUCUAACAAACACUUGUUGACUCGCUCUAUAAAAACUACACGCUCACGCUACCCACACUUCACUCAUUUACCUUCACAAUAAUGGGCUCAGAGAAAAAGAAGCUCCGCCAAGACGAACCAAAAACACCGCCCAAGCUCUCUCUACUAACAAUUUCUCGGGGGAGCAUGCUGCCGGAUUUGCCUACUCCACCACCACGGACGGCGGUGUCUGUUCCGUUCGAGUGGGAGGAGGCACCGGGGAGGCCUAGGCCCUGCCACAGCGGAUCCAGGCCCAAGGGUAAUGAUGACGUGGCAAGAACCUUGGAACUGCCUCCGAGGUUGGUUUUGUUGGAGGGCAAGGAUUCGUCGCCGACAACCGUGCUGGACGGACCUUAUGUUGGACGCGCCAUGUCUUUUACGACGUCGUGUAGGCCCUCGAAGGACACGUGGAAUGCCAAUUUCGCGUCUAACAGGUGGAGCGCGUUGAAGAAAAACGAGCCAGAGGAGGGUAGUUUUGGCUUUUCUAGUUCAACUGUGGAGGGAACUGGCAAGGUGAAGAUCACAAGGGUUAGAAGAAAAGGAAGCUUUUCGAGUCUUUCCCACAGAAGUUCACACGUGUGGGUAUGUAAGCAUUUGUGAAACAUUUAAGCAAGUGGUACCCUGGAAGCGCAGGAAAGAAAAGCAGGGAAAAUGGAUGCCCCAAUUCGACAGCAUUUGAUCUUUGACCAAUGCAACGUUAGACUCUUCUAUCAUGCCAUUGCCCUACGGUGGGUGAAAAAAUAGAAGAGAGUAGUAACAAUGUGUAUAAUGAUUGAAGUUAGAUUUUUAAAAAUGCUAUUGCCCCUA